UGGGCCCCACUAUACUCUUUACUACACCAUCAAUCUAUCUCCAUCCAUUUCCAGUCUGCUUCAUCUCCCAUCUGUCUCGUUGAAAUACCGUCUGUUCUCCACAGACACGCCGAUUGCCUGGCACUAUAACCAAAUUAUUACAUUCUGCCUGCUUCGAUUGUUCAGAAUGGGAGCUUACGAUGAGGUUGAGGACCCCCGGCGCCUGAAGUUAAUCGCACAGAUCUCAGAUUCGAUCGACUUCGCCUCCGAACCGGUAAAUCCAGGAUUCUGGGCAUUUCUCUGGCUGUCCGAGCUCUCUCAGUUGGAAGGGUAUACUCAGGUCUUCUUCGCGAACCCAAGACCCAUGAGAUCUGAUUCUGCUACCUCUACGUCGUGGACAAGAUGUCUAAAAGUUUGGAAUACGCAUUCGCCUAUUAGGACAGACCAUAAGAAACGAAAGUCGGAUUCUUUGGACAUUCCAGAAACAAUGGCCUCCAAAAUUCCUCGUGUGUCCACCAAUGUGGCUCAAACUCAGAAACGUUCGGAUGUGCCGAAACCUACAAGCCCCGCCAAGGCACAAGCAGCUACUUCAGCAUCCAAAUUCCAAGAUUAUUCACGGUCGGUUUCGGCUGCAGAUGAGUGUAAGAAAAGGGACAAGCUAAGCUGCCUUGUUACUAGGGGUGGUGAUUGUAUCGAGACCGCCCACAUAUACCCAUUUUCCCUUGGCCGGAAAGCUGGAUUUGUGGCAUACGAUGAAUUCUGGGAGAGAUUAGGAAUGUUCUGGCCCCCCGAGAAAAUCAAAGCUUGGGAGGCGGUGACUCUGGGACCUGAUCGUACCGAGAUCUUGGAAAAUCUCAUAUCCCUUGCUUCUACUGUCCAUGGAAUGUGGGGAACCGGAAAACUGGCCUUCAAGCCACUCGAAUUAUCCGAAGAUAAGAGAAUGCUGACUGUAGAAUUUCAUUGGCUCCGAGACUGGAGCUAUGGUACCCAAAAGCUUCGAAUACCUCCAUCAAAUCCAGUCAAGUCCGACUCAUCAAGUAACAAUACCCGCCUCAUCAACUGCGAAACGUUGGAACUAAUCAGGUCUGGGGAUAUCCUGACAUGGACAACAGACGACCCUGAGAAAAGGCCCCUCCCAUCCAUCGAGCUCUUAGAGAUGCAAUGGGUACUGAAUAGGCUAGUCGCGUUGGCCGGAGCAGCUGAUGUCAGCGAAGAGGAUCUUGACCGGGAGGAUAUGGCAGGGUUGGAGACUCCGGUUCUAACAGAAACAGAGGAAGAGGAGCUAGAAGAGAAUGACCCAUAUUGCGAAGCAGAAGGAAGCCACAUAGAAGAAUCAGCGCUGUCUGUCGGUCCAAUUUCGCCCGCGGGCGAAAACAGACCACUUCUACACCAACAACGCAAGAAGCAUCGAGAGACUACCGAAGGAGAGGAUCCCUUAGAGUUGCGAAGUCGAGAUCUGAACGUUCGAUGAAGCAGAAUUUAUGUUAUGUCAUGGUUGUGGGUCAGGCAGUGGGAUUGAUGUCUAGCUGGCGGUGUCAAGGGUGCAGAGACGUCGUUUCCACUUUUCUUAUGCGGAUAAUCUCAGCUUAUUAACUGGAUGUAGGCCAUGGAAUGCUCUUGUCAAGAACCCGGCCUUUAAACCAAUAUGAUUCAGUAGAGGCAUGAAUAAAAUACAGCACUUGCACUUGUUCCGGUCUUUACCUGAGUCAUCUAUUAUCCAUUUUCCAACUAUCUGAAAGCACUUUAGUCAACCGAAUCCUCAAUCUUGAUGAGAAGCAGGCAGCAAUAGAGCGAUGGAUGCCGAUCUCUUUUGAACGUGUUCAUUCUUG